AGAAAUGGGAGGUGAAUCUUCCUGAUGAAUGCAGCGACCACAGGAUUUGCACUAAUAGAAACGUUUUUGCUGAUGUUUUUUUUUCUUACCUGUGUUUUUAAACUUAAAAGAAGCAAGCCAUGUCCUUCUUGGGCUGCCAGACGACUUUUCUGCGCCAAUUUGCCUUCGGCUGCCUGGUGGUGUUUAGUUUUGUACUUGUUUUCUCUGCAUACUACAAGCCAGAAAUCAAGUGGCCAACUUUUGGCAUUUACAUGGAGAAGAACUGUUCGUCUGAGUUUCACAUCAGCCCACCUCACAAUGGCACCCAGAAGAUCCAGGCUAAGGAGGUGGAGGCUGAGCCCGACACUAUUCUGUUGGUUUGGAUGUGGCCAUUUGGCUACCAGUUUGACCUCAGCUGUGAUGUGUACAAUAUCACAGGAUGCCAAAUGACAGCUGACAAGUCUCUUUACCAUAAAGCCCACGGGGUUCUCCUCCACCACAGGGACAUUCGGGGAGAUCUAGCAAACCUUCCUAAAGAGCCACGUCCCUGGUUUCAGAAAUGGGUGUGGUUUAAUAUGGAGUCACCUGCAAACACAGCUAGAAUACCUCAACUCGAUAACUUAAUCAACUUGACAUGCAGUUAUCGUCUCGAUUCCAAUAUUCCUGUGCCUUAUGGGUAUUUGAUACCACGCACAACCGAGGAGACUUUCCAACUGCCAGCAAAGGACAAGUUGGUCUGUUGGAUUGUGAGCAACUGGCACGACAACUACAAAAGAGUUCAGUACUACAAGGAACUGAAAAACCAUAUCAACAUAUCUACUUUUGGGAAUGCCUUUGGCCAACAUUUAAGUGAUCAAGACUAUACAAACAUAGUAUCUAGUUGCAAAUUCUACCUCUCCUUUGAAAACUCUGUGUACGAUCACUAUAUUACAGAGAAGUUAUACAAGCCUAUGACACUAGGAACUGUACCCAUAGUUCUGGGCCCUCCAAGAAAAGAUUAUGAGGACACUAUACCACCGGAUUCUUUCAUUCAUAUUGAGGACUUUUCCACUCCAGUGGAGCUGGCUGAGAGACUACUUCACCUUGAUGAAACUGACUCUGAAUACAUGACAUACUUUAACUGGAGAAAGAGUUUUAAAGCUCAACAGUCCGAUUAUGGAAGGGAACAUGCCUGCAGAAGUUGUGCUUACUUACAAAAACACAGAGGAUACCAAUCUUUUCGUAAUCUUAAAAAGUGGUUCUGGGGUUAACAGCACUCAAAAAGGGGCAUUUAUCAAAUGAUAUGAUUCUUUCCCCUUGAACUCUGUCAGCGCUUGAUAAGGGAUUUUGUUUGGACUGCUAUUCGUGUUUUAACUACUUCUUGUCAUGUCUGCUGUUAGUUUUUCCAUUUUCUGUUUUAUUUUGGUGAUUCUCUGUUCCCCUAUGUGUGAACUUGUUAGACUUCCUGUUUUCUCUCGCCAGGGUGAUUACCUGCCCCUGCCUUAAUGUGUGGAACCUGUGGCUCAUUGUCGUUCCUGCCCAGGGUAUUUAAGCUCUGUCUUCCCCUUACCCCAAGUGCGAGAUUGUCUGGUUUCUUUACGUACAGCAUUCUAACAGCACCCUAACACCUUUAUUUCCCUGAGGUACUGUAUUAAGUGACUAUAACAUUCAUUAUGUGAAUCUUGCUAUAAAAUGUCCAAAAUAUUCAGUUUCAUCUUAAGCUUUCUCAGGUUCUGACUGAGUCGUGUUCUCUCUGUCCCAUAUUUUUGACAGUGUACCAUGAUGUGUUCUAUUGUUUCCUCUUGUCACAGUUGUCACAGUUUCCUGAGUUAUGUUUUCCUAUUUUGAAUAGUGUACUAUUAAGUCCAGUAUGCCCAAAUCUGAGUCUUGUAAUGAUUGUCUCCUCUUUUCUACUUCUUCUUGUACUUCUCAUCUCUCCUACUUACUUUUGCACUCUGUAAUACCAUCUCCCUUUCCUUUCCUUCUCCCACUGUUUUUGCCAAAUGCUUCUCACUUUCUGUUUUAUCAUUCCCCUAAUUUCUGUUGUGCUAAUGUUCACCGUGAUGUCAAUUUGUGUUUUUCUGGUCGCCUGCUUUGCAAUUUUGUCUGCAAUUUCAUUUCCUACUACACCCAAAUGUGCUGGAACCCAAAGAAAUUGUACUGUGAGACCCAUCAUAUUGAUUUUGUACAGUGUUUGUUGUAUUUCUAUUAAAAUGUCUUUCCUACUGUC